GCGAACUGUUAUCUUCUGAUAAGUACAGAGACGCUGAGAACUACAACGAAAACGCCAGUUCACGUCACUUUUCUAUUCUGUCUCUAUGUUCUUCUUCACCAUGUCAAAACGGAGGAACCUGCAUCCCAAAUUACAAAUACGAUUCUUACGACUGUCUUUGUGAACAAGGUUUCGUGGGGGAAUAUUGUGAGAAAGCCGUAAAGUCGUGCAAGGAACUAUAUGACAUCUACAGAUCUGAGGUCCGUCAACUGGUAACCCUCCGUUUGGGCUCCAAACCAGUCUCCGUUCUCUGUCAAAUGGGAGAUUUUGGAUGUGGAGUUGGAGGAUGGACGCCAGUUAUGAAGAUUGACGGAAGCAAGGCCACUUUUCAUUAUAGUGCACAUUAUUGGAGUGAUUAUAAAGGUUACAACCUUCCCGGAGGGGAGACUGGGUUCGACGGACAGGAAUCAAAGCUGCCCACCUAUUGGAACGUAUCCUUCUCAAAGAUCUGCCUCGGUAUGAAGAUCGGACAACAGCUCAGGUUCAUUGUCAUCAACCAGCAGGCUGACUCUCUGUAUUCACUGAUUGCUGAUGGGCAAUACCGUGCCACCUCAAUGAGUCGCAGCAAGUGGAAAGAGUUGAUUGGCUCACAGGCUUCUUUACAGCACAAGUGCACAAAGGAAGGUUUUAAUGCCUUUUGCAGUUGGAGUGGAAAUUCUAAAGCAAGAAUUGGCAUUGUCAGCAACAACCAGAAUGAUUGCGCCUCGUGCGACUCAAGGAUCGGAUUUGGUACAGGAGGGAGCCCUGACGAUUCAAACACGUGUGGUAACGAAGCCGGUCGGUCUCCAGAUAAUGGAGACAAACACAUCAAAGCCAUGGGAUAUAUCUUGGUACAAUAGAGAAGACUAUUCGCAAAUUAAACACUCUUCCUUAACUCAUCUUGUCCCUGCACCACUGAUCUCCCGUUUUACAUACGCUCUUUCUGCUUUAGCGCUUUAUUUACCCUUUUGUUACAAAUCUCCCGCUGAUUAUUGGAACCUUAUCUCCCGUUGUUGAUCAUUAUUUUGCUUCCUUAACGAUCAGACACCCUUUUGAAAUGAAAAAGACGUAAAAAGAAAUGAUAUUAAGUUUUCGCUGUCACAGAUUGAACUCGAGACCUGCAGGGCGGGGUAACCCUUUAGCACUACACUAUCAAGAUCAAUAUAAACUUUAUUUAAA